AAUAUUGUGUUCUGCAGAUUGUGCAUGGAUGGUACUACAUAUGUAAGUAGUACUAGUACUUGACAUUUGUCACAGGUACCAUCACACCGGUCUUCAACUCAAGCAUGCUAUCCGGGUCAAAGACGCCUUUUAUGAGGCGAACUGUCAAACAUAUCUUGGGCUUGACCAUAAUCAAUCCCUCGCCAUGCUCUCCACUCAUAUUCUAGCUUCAGGAAUAUCGUGCAUUGUUACCCUGGUUGUCGUUUCGCGUCUGACUCGCAGAUGUAUCUACCCUUUACCUUUGCCGCCUGGCCCUCCUCCGUUACCAUUUUUCGGUAACGCGCUGCAAUUGGAUACUAAACGACCUUGGCUCACAUACACCGCGUGGGGAAAGACAUAUGGAAAAAUCAUUCACUCCUCCAUAUUUGGGAUCGACUUGAUUAUCAUAAACUCUGAGACGGUCGCGCGGGAGCUGCUCGACAGGCGUUCUGCGAAUUACUCUACUCGCCCCGUUAUUCGCACCAACGAAUUAGCUGGAUUGGGUUUCAAUACUGUGUUCCUGCCAUAUGGCGAGACUUUACGGCGACAUCGCAAGAUAUUCCAUCAAGUCCUCAGGGCCGAAGUCUCGGUCUCAUACUACGAGAUGUACUCUCGCCACGCAAACGAACUGGUCGUCAAUCUCUUGGAUGCAAUUAGUGACCCGCAGCAUCAGACUGAAACAUACGCGGCAUCCCUAAUCAUGGCUGUGACAUAUGGAUACAAUGCUCACGGACAUGAGGACCCAUUUCUUUCCCGCGCGCGCGAACUUUUUGAUAUGGGCAAGUAUAUUGUCUCUCCCGAGAGGUCUGCCAUGUUCACAGCCUUUCCUUUCCUCGAAAAGUUGCCGUUCUGGUGCUUCGGUGGAGCAUUUUCCCUGAUGGGACGCUGUAGAGAAUUAGCUCAACAGCUUUUGAACGAGCCCUUCAAUGAAGUGAAGGCACAGAUGGCAAAUGGGACUGCUUCACACUCAUUGGUCGCUGACUUUCUCAGUCAAGCUCACGACGACGCUGAUGAAGACACCAUGAAGGCUGUUGCGUUGACGGGGUACGUAGUUGGCAUGGACACAAAUGCAGCCGCAUUGCAGAUGUUCCUGCUGACCAUGGUGCUCUACCCUGACAUUCAAGCCCACGCUCGUGCAGAAAUUGACCGAGUUGUGAAACAUGAUAAAAUGCCGUGCCUUGAUGACAGGGCGUCAAUGCCCUACCUUGAUGCCAUCCUCCGAGAGGUCCUGAGAUGGUAUCCUGUCGUUCCCCUAGGAGUUCCACAUGCGACAUCAAAUGAUGAUGUUUACGACGGGUACUUCAUACCCAAAGGUGCGAUGGUAAUGGUUAAUCAGUGGGCACUGUCUCGUGAUGAUGACGUAUUUCCCGAUGCAUCGCGCUUCGACCCAAGUCGCCAUCUGACAGUCGACGGGAAGCUGAAGGACCCUUUCGUCAACCAUUUUGCCUUUGGUCAUGGCAGGCGUAUUUGUCCUGGUCGUUGGUUUGCAGAAAAUAGUCUGUGGACCGCAGCUGCUGCCAUACUCGCCGUCUUGCGCAUCGAUCAUGCCAAAGACUCGAACGGAAACAAGAUUGAGGUGAAGCCGGAGUUCACCACUGGCUUGGCGAUUCACCCUGAACCAUUUCAGUGUUCGUUUGAGGUUGUGAACGGAGCGCGAGAAAGACACCUCCGAGCGAUGAUGAAUUCGAAUUAGACUUCGUUUGUACUCGAGGUGGUGUGUCAUGUAAUAGUACCACAGCGUAGAGUGCGACCUCUGUCUCUGAUGAACGAGAUAAUUGCUUUCGAAUUCGUUGAGUCUUCAAAAACGUUUCCAAAAUCUUGUAACGUGGCGCAACUAGACUGAACACCGUUGAUUGGUUCACAGGUCCCUCCCCGUUGCAACAUUGGCCUGCCUGAAUAUCGGUCGACCCACCCAUGCACUCGUUUGAGAUUGGGUUAUGCAGCCGUAGAUGCUAUAGAAAGUCGUACGAUUAGAUGUAAGAUGCCAUCCCCGAUAAUCUACAGAAUGUAAAAAGACUCAUCAGCUCUGAAAAUUAGUAGGUAUCACCUCUCAACUCGCAUAUCCUCCAAGUAGC